UUGGAUGGUGCGUGUGCGGGAUGACCGCACAGGCAGGGAGCAAAGAUGGCCGCCUGUGCGUUACGUCGAGGGUUCCUCAGUGGUGUCAGCCAAUACAGCAGAAAGCACUCCCACAGAAUAGCGAGUGUCACGGACAUUAAAGGCGGCUUCGAGGCGUACAAGCCGCGGCUACAAUGCCGAGCCUGCGGGCUGCUCGGCGGCGUUCAACAGAAGAGGUUUAUGUCGUCACGGAACAGGCCCGAAGGAAAGAUUCUGGAGCCUGUCGGUGUGUUUGAAGCGGUGAAGCAGCAUGGGAAAUAUGAAACUGGACAGCUGUUUCUCCACAGUGUAUUCGGCUACAGAGGAAUUGUGUUGUUUCCUUGGCACGCUCGCCUCUAUGACCGAGACAUCACGCCUCCUGUGUCUGACAGCAAACCUGAGCCCCCCGGAGCCCACGGCUCCAAGGAGGUGAAGGGGAAGACUCACACCUACUACCAGGUCCUGAUCGACACCAGGGACUGCCCUCACAUAUCUCAGAGGUCUCAGACUGAGGCGGUGACAUUUCUGGCCAACCAUGAUGACAGCAGAGCCUUGUACGCCAUCCCAGGUCUGGACUACGUCAGCCAUGAAGACAUCCUGCCUUACAACUCAGCGGAGCAGGUCCCGAUCCAGCAUGAGCUGUUUGAGCGCUUCCUCAUGUACAACCCUACAAAAUCUCCUCCAUUUACCGCCAGAGAUACCCUGAAGGCCUGGCAGGAGAAGAACCACCCCUGGCUGGAGCUGUCCGACGUCCACAGGGAGACCACCGAGAACAUCCGGGUCACAGUUAUCCCCUUCUACAUGGGAAUGAGGGAGGCGCAGAACUCUCACGUGUACUGGUGGCGCUACUGCAUCCGUCUGGAGAAUCUGGGCAACGAGGUGGUUCAGCUGAGAGAGAGGCACUGGAGGAUCUUCAGCCUGUCGGGAACCCUGGAGACGGUCCGGGGCCGAGGCGUUGUAGGCAGGGAGCCUGUGUUAUCUAAGGAACAGCCAGCCUUCCAGUACAGCAGCCACGUGUCUCUCCAAGCUCCGAGUGGUCAUAUGUGGGGGACAUUUCGCAUUGAGAGAACUGAUGGCUCCCACUUUGAUGUCAGGAUCCCUCCUUUCUCCCUGGAGAGCAACAAAGAUGACAAAGCGCCCCCUGCUGGCUACACGUUCUAACAUUCACUUGCCUGAAUGAGUCCUCUGCCACCAAGCUAGUCCUGGCUCUGCAGUCGUCCUCCCCCUAUGACCCUGCCUCAGCAUUCAGUCAGUUUCAGCAAAAGGAGACUGUAGGAGUGUCUACAUAAUGCAAAUACUCGUCCAGCUAGGUUCUCCUGUCAGGCUGCACCCAGCAGCAGGGUGGAAUUGAUUAAAUGACAGAGGAGAAGUUCCCUCUGCUGCUCUGUGCAUUCCUGAGUCAUGUUGUUUAGAGACAUGGACGCUUGGGUCAAAGGUAGAAUUACUGCAGAUGUUGUGAGAUGCAAUCAGUGAAAUGUUGACCAGACUGUUUUUUUAAGUGGGAGGAUUUCCUGCUGAUCUCCUGGUUUGAGAAAACUGAGAGGGACAUGAACUUUAAGUCUUUUUUUUUUUCCACCUUCCAGCUGAAAACUGGUUAUCCCUGUAUGGUCAUCUGUUUGUGGGUUAUAGCAUUUAUUUUAACCGGACCUGUUUCUUUUCAUCCUCCUUUAUAAGUAACAGACUAUUUGAUUUGAGCUGAGGUACGCCGCGCCACUCUUAGCCACAUAGGAGUGUCUAAACAGUGAAGCACAGUGGACAUCACUACUUUCUCCCUAGGUAGCCUGAAAUACAGCGCAUAUAAUCCUAACCUGAAGUCAUUCCUGUACCUGUAGUGAAAACUGGAGUCUUUUAGCAGAGAUCCCGAUCUGCCUCGUCUAUUACAGCAACGUCUACUGACUUCUUCAUUUUUAUCUGUAUAUGUGCUGCUUAGGAAACCUCCCACCAUUGGAACGUAGCCACCACCUGGGUUUAUGCUGCACAGAGCCUGUUGGUUGUCUUUAUAUGAAUGACUAUUGGAAAUAUUUUACUAAUAGAUUUGCUUUCAUCUAGUUGAUAUUAGAACGUUAAAAAUAAAGGAACAGUGUGUGAAUUGAAGUUCUAGUUAAAUUAAGUAUUGUUGAAUUAGAUGUCCACUGUGAUUCAGUGUUGGUCAACUCAACCUCUGGUAGCUAUUCCACUGCGUGCAUUGAAAGCCAAAUGUAAGCCUCCUCCUGCUUAAGGCCCAGUUAGAGUCUGAAUAACAGAAGCUGCACAACAAAAGCGCAAGAAGCCAAGCAGUAGGUGGCCACAGUUUUGUGUCUGGGGGUUUUGGGGGGAGGUUUGUACUUUUGUGUUUAAGAGACACGUCUACCAUUUGAUGGAUGUCUUUGGCUGUUUGAUUUUGACAGGGAGAGAGAGAUGAGCUCAACAUUUCCCCCUUAAAGUUAAGACAGAAGCUAACAUUGUUGCAUUAGUACGUGAUUUGAAGCAACUCUGAUGUUUGAAAUACUGUAAAUAGAGAUGUAAUUAAAAGCAAAGGAAAUAAACCUUUUCAAAAAU